UCCCGCGCAUCACCAACGUCUUGGCUCCCCCAGAGAGGGGAAGAGACCUGGCUUGGUAGGCACCACACACUCUUAUCCACAACGGACAGGCCGGUGUGUGUCCAAACCUUCUCCACGCGUUCCCUCCUUCCCUCCCACUCUCUUCCCCUCCGUCUCUCUGUUCCUUCCUGCCUUCCAAGAGACAAUCAAGAACGCCAAGCAGCUCAAACCAAGCAAUGUCUUUGGCACCUUCCAUCCCUUCCAUCAAGGUGAAGGUGGGACGCAUCGCCCCGCCGCCUCCGUACCGGGCAUGCAGGUCGUUCGCCGUGAUCAGGAGCUCCAAGGCCGAGGGGCCCAGGAGACCCGCGGCGCCUCCACUGUCGCCGCCCCCGCCUAUGCCUCCCAAGACGCCAGCUCUGUCCACCCCUCCGAGCCUGUCCCAGCCACCGACCCCAGUGAAGCCAGCACAGCCAUCACCUCCUCCUCCCGAGACCAAACCGGCAGUGGCCACUGCCGCUGCGACCCCACCGGUGGGAGGGGUUGUGACGUUCGAGUACCAGAGGAAGGUGGCCAAGGAACUACAGGAAUACUUCAAGAAGAAGAAGCUGGAGGAGACCAACCAGGGACCCUUCUUUGGGUGGUUGGCCAAGAAUGAGAUUGCCAAUGGAAGAUGGGCUAUGUUUGGGUUUGCAGUGGGGAUGCUAACAGAGUACGCAACAGGCUCGGAUUUCGUUGAGCAAAUGAAGAUCCUUCUCUCCAAUUUUGGGAUUGUGGAUUUGGAUUGAUGGCUCAUGUUUGGCGGUGUUGUUCUGUAUAAGUCUGAAGUAUAAUCUAUCUUCUUUCAUCCAACGUAUAGAAAGAUCAAUCUUGCACACUAUUAUAUCCUUGAGUUUCAUUUGUGCUGUCCUGUCAGUAUUGAUGAAUGUAAAAUCCAAUUUCCAGCUUUCUUGUUUGUUAAUACUACAUGAAUUUACUCAAGAGUAAUAAAAUGGAUAUUUGACUAA